CCCGCCCCCCUCACCGACCCUCCACGCUCUCUCCUUUAAUGUAAGACGGGCGCGCCGGGAGAAGCGAGAGGGAUACUUGCUCUUACUUCCUUUCCACCCAGCCUGCCUGACAGAUGGCACCGGCAGAGUGAUCUCUGACUCUCACCCGGGGACCGGUCCUCACCCCCCUCGCUGAGGCAUCACCUGCGUGGACACCCUCCCCCCAAUGGGCGCACAACCUCGGCGCCAACGCCAUCUUCGCGAUCUUCGCCUGCUGCCGGGACUGUAAAAUGAGCACAAAGUGAGAGCAGACCACCUCCCGGCCUGUGCCCAACAUUAGCACCAAUAUUCAAGGGCUGACAGUUGGUGCCUUACUGCCGUUGCGUCCCUCACGCCACGGCAUUGGCAGCUCUGGACAGUAGCGGUGGCCAAUGAGAUGUGUGUGUAACUUGACCUGCCUGUCCCCGGGGACGUCCAGCAGAGGAGUUGCGUUACACCCGCUGUCAGACCUUAUACAUCUUUCAUCCGCUGCUCUCCCGAACAGAAGCCCCCUUUGUCAUCUAAUCCAGCCCUCUCCUUCCCGGCCCGAGAGUUUACUGCCACGAAAACGGCUCUUCAGUCCGCCAGCCAGCCGCUGAGCCGAUACGCGUCUGGCGGCAGCUGAGGAGCAGCAGAAGGACUCGGCCCGGCCCCCGGAUAUCUGCUAGUGGGAUUUCUCAGCCAGUCUUUUCCAUCCACUGGCUGGCACGUGGAGAGGGAUUUAAAAUAAACUACCAGAGCUGAGGGAGGGGGGGGGCGGCGAAUUGAAUUUUGCCUCAUCUCUUCAGCGGGAAACCUCAACUUUCCAAAAGCCUGUCAAGCUGCAGAAAUACAGCCUUUGCGGUUCUUGUGAAGGGCAUUUCGGUGUCAGCUAGUCGGGACCAUGGGCGACACCCUCAGGCCGCCAUCGCUUCAGGUGAGCGUCCCGAAGGACGCUCCGUCGUAUUCGGAUGGAGGGCGCAACGCCGCGUCGGACGGCUGCGUGGGAUCCAGCUCCUCAACCCCGACGCUGAGGCGCAAGCGCUUCAAGAUGCGGCGCAUGAGGAACGUGCCCAGCGAGAGGGACGCGGAGGCGGCGCGGCUGACCGUCGGGCGCCUCAAGGCCCGUUCGGGCUCCAAGGAGUACCUGCAGCUGCCCUCCAUCGAGAUCACGCCGUCCAGCGACGAGGACGCUCUCUCCUCCUGGUCCAGCUGCUCCACGCCCAGCGCCUCGCCGCGCCGCAAGCGCUUCCUGCUGAGGAAGUGGCUGAAGGUCCGGCAGAAAAAGGAGCAAGGCAGUGAGAGCAGCAGCCAGCAGAGCAGCCAGCAGAGCAGCCAUGAAGACGACGGCGCUCGCUUCUUGACUCCUCUAAUCCGAGAGGAGAGGUCGGACAGUGCAGCGGACAAAAUCAGCACUGCCAGUAACUCAAACAAGAGCACGCCCGCCUGCUCGCCAGUCCCGCGCAAACGCUCGCGCUCUCCCACCCCGCAGAGCCACGAGGGCGAGAACAUGGUGGAGAAGGGUUCGGACCACUCCUCCGACAAAUCCCCGUCCACGCCCGAGCAGGUCGUCCAGAGAACGUACUCCCUGCAGUCAGCGAGAAGCGGGGGAAAGAACGCCAAGUCUCACAAGCGACUUUCCAAAUAUGACAGACUAAACCUGAUUAAAAAGAGCCAAAGCUGGUACAACCAUGAAAGACAACACAUCCUGAGAGUGCUGAGCCCGACGUACAAGCAGCGCAAUGAGGACUUUAGGAAACUCUUCAAGCAGCUCCCCGACACAGAGAGGCUCAUCGUGGACUACUCUUGUGCUCUUCAACGGGACAUCCUCCUGCAGGGACGACUCUACCUCUCCGAGAACUGGAUCUGUUUCUAUAGCAACAUCUUCCGCUGGGAAACGCUGCUGACAGUGCGGCUAAAGGACAUCUGCUCAAUGACUAAAGAGAAGACUGCCCGCCUCAUUCCCAAUGCCAUCCAGGUCUGCACAGACACUGAGAAGCACUUUUUCAGCUCCUUUGGAGCCAGGGACAGGACGUACAUGAUGAUGUUCAGACUGUGGCAGAAUGCGCUGCUGGACAAGCCUCUUUGCCCCAAAGAACUGUGGCACUUUGUUCAUCAGUGCUAUGGCAACGAGCUCGGCCUAACCAGCGACGAUGAGGACUACGUUCCCCCCGAUGAUGACUUCAACACCAUGGGGUUCAGCGAGGAGAUUCCCAACGAAGAGAAUGAGAUCAUCAACGACAACUUGUCGAAGAGCAGCGCUGACGUUAAGCCUGAGGGGAGCCCUCCUCCGCUACACAAGAAGAUUGUCCCAAGCAGCACCCUGCCCAGCCCGGGCAACCAUGAUGCACCCAUCACAUUCGACCUCCCAGGGGAGGAGUACGCAGACUGCCUCCCCGACGGCGAGCUGCUCGCGUUGCCCCUUUUGUUGGAGGAGAGGAACUUUGCCACCAGCGGGCCUGGUGGUCUUGUCCCCUCGCCGUCUCUGGACUUCAACGACAACGAAGACAUCCCGACCGAGCUCAGUGACUCCUCGGAAACCCACGACGAGGGUGAAGUGCAGGCCUUUCAAGAGGACCUGAACGGCAGGCAGCACAUCAAUGAGAUCUACAAGUUCAACGUGGACAAGCUGUACGGGAUCCUCUUCACUGAGUCGCAGUUCAUGAAUGACUUCAUGGAGCAGAGGCGAUUCUCAGAUGUGGUGUACCACCCGUGGAAGAAAGAGGCGGACGGGAACCAGACCAGGGAGAUCCUCUACACCAUCUCGCUGUCCAACCCACUCGCCCCCAAAACCGCCACGGUCACGGAGACGCAGACUCUGUACAAAGCCAGCCAGGAAAGUGAGUGUUACAUCAUCGACGCCGAGGUCAUCACGCACGACGUGCCCUACCACGACUACUUCUACACCCUCAACCGCUACGUGCUCACCAGGGUGGCCAAGAACAAGUGUCGGUUACGGGUAUCGACGGAGCUGCGCUACAGGAAGCAGCCGUGGGGGCUGGUCAAAGGCUUCAUAGAGAAAAACUUCUGGAGCGGACUUGAACAGAACUUCCGUCACCUUGAGUUGGAGCUGGCCAAGCUGGAGGAGUUACUGACCGAGUCCCAGCAGCUGUCUCCGAAGGCCAAGGUGGUGAAGAACUCCACGGUGCGGCGGAAGAAGAGGCCGCUCCCCCACGUGCGCAGUCAGCAUCUGGACGAGGCGCUCAGCCCCGUUACCACGCCGACGGAUGAGGAAGUGAUUCAGAGGAUCAAACAAGUGGCCGGCUCCACGCAAACCAGGCACCAGAGUUCAGACGCCCAUCGGCUGCCAGGAGGCCUCGCUCUGUACAGCGUCUCCAAAUUGCUGCUCAUCAUCAGCUUUGUGAUCUGUCUAAGCCUGGUCCUGCUGGUGUUCCUCAACAUGAUGCUCUUCUACAAGCUGUGGAUGUUAGAGUACUCGACACAGUCCUUAACAACCUGGCAAGGUCUGCGGCUCCAUGAAAACAAACUGCCUCAGACGCAGAUGGAGUGGGCCCAGCUCCUGGAGGCCCAGCAGCGUUUCCAUGACGCCGAGCUGCAGAGAUGGAGGGAGAUUAUCAAGUCGUCAGUUGUGCUGCUAGACCAGAUGAAAGACUCGUUACUGAACCUGCAGCGAGGCAUUGGCUUAAGGGACUACAGCGCCGAGGCGGAGGAGAAGAGAAGUCGCUACCACUGACACGCCGCCAACAAGGCCAUGAGGGCAUGCUGUGCAAUAUACUGUAGGACCUGUUUUGUUUGUGAACCAGUAUGAGGGCAGCGGCAAGACGCAAAGCGAGGACCGAGGGAGCUGGUCCAACUGGCACAAAGAGAGCGUCCCUCGUCUCCGGCGCACAGAGGCUGAAGCCUCCGGGAGGAGGAAACCACGGACAGAAAGUGCCGCUUUCCACACACAGGACUGAGGUGUCCCCACCAUCACUCGUGGUAAAGGUGCUCCUUCUCGACACCUUGAGGGACGGACCGUUUUCUUCUCCGAGUGCAUCCCACUGUAAGCCAUGUCGACCCGAGAGGUCGCAGAGAGGAAUAAGGGAAACUACUGCAUGCAUUUAGACAACCUAGCUACCCUCAGUCAGUGUUAAUGUGGUCCAGUUCCAGUCUAUGUGUGUGUAAAAAAAAACAGAAAAAAACAGAAGACGAGGAGAGACUGAGUCGAAGAAAGGGGGGAGGGGGGGGUCCUUUUUUGCGUCUUAAUGGCCGUCUACACUCUCUAGACUGUUCCAAACCAGUUGUCCCUCUAGGGGUCCGCGCUGCAGCGUCCCUUUAGUGAACCUCCAUGUGAUCAAAGUACAGAAUCCUCCCACAACCAAAAGGGAAAAGACGAGCUGCAGCUGGGGAGCUCGGCUUCAGCGAGUCCAUGUUGCCCCGUGUGAACCUGGCCCGCCGCGUGGUCUCCGUCAGGGCUGGUUCCCUGUCAGACUGUUUAAAUAUUUAUAAGUAGAUUCUAAAGACAGACGAGACCGAAGCCAGUUCUUUUAACGUUGUUCACGAUUCACUUGAUCAGUCGCCCCUGCCACAUUGUUAGCUUCCUUACGUUGCAUCACUCGUCAUCCUUCUACUGGAUUAGAAUGUAUCAGCCUGGAGAAAAGGAAGGCAGACUUUGAUCACAGCUCACACGUUUUUGAAAAAGGGGGUGCUGUAGCCAGACCAAUAGGGAGAUCUGUGUUCUUACAUGUUUUAUUACUAAACUGUGACUAUAUCUCUUUAAAAAUGUUUCAAAUUAGAAAGAAUUCUAUGAAUAUAUUUGAAAUAUAUAAGAAUAUUUCAUUAUUUAAUAUAUAUAUAUUUCAAAAUAUAUAAACAUUACCUAUAUUUAUUAAUUUAUGUAAAUAAAGAAAUUAUCAGAGCUCUAGACCAGUUAAAGAAUUUCUAACGACAAGUGUUUUCUUCGAAAAAUGCAUGCCAGAUAUGUCUGUGACAUGUCCAGUGUGCAGGAAUGAUUCUGCAUUUGCGUGAUUAUAUUCGCGCGUGCGUGCGUGCGUGCGUGUGUGAGUGAGUGAGUGAGUGAGUGCGUGCAUGCGUGCACAAGUGUGUGCUGUAAAGUGUGACAUUUUUACCAUUCCACACUUGUAUGUUUCUUAUUUUUUCUUUUCUGGCUCCUGCAGCCAGACUGCCUUUUUUAAUGCUAAUGCAUUUGGAUGCUGCCUUGCAUUAGCCCCACCAGGGUACCGUUUACAAUUGAAGAGUUUGGUUCCAAAAUGACAUAUCCAACAUUCGAAAACAAAGUCACACCUACUUUUACAAAAUGAUGGGUAGCUGAGACAAUUCCUGUCAGUGUUUGACACAUUCUAAAGUAGCUUAAAUCCACGGUUUACAAAAGGAAGAAGACAGAAUUGAUCACCUAAACUUUAAUUCUUUUUUUUCUUGUAUAUGGAUAAGUGACAUUUUGGAGAUGAACCCUUCAUUUGCCCGCUAUGAGCUACUCUUUGUUCCCGUCACCACAUUAGUGGUUUGAAAACUCUUUUCUGAAAGGAAUAGUUUUCAAAUUAACUUUCUCGCCAAAGGUUAGAUGAAGUUUGAUAUCACUUUUAUGUCUCUAGGCCAAAUAUGAAGCUACAGCCAGAAGCCUUUUAGCUUAGCUUAACUUAGCUUAGCAAGCGGUUUCCUCCUGUUCCCAGUCUUUAUGCAUAACCAACCAUCUCCUGGCUCUACUGUCUAGCUGCCAGUUAGCUUAGCUAACCGCUGAGUUAGGGUACGGACUAGCCAGGCUAGCCGUUUCCCCUUUUUUCCAUUGUUUCUGAUAAGCUAACCUGGCUUUAGCUUUAUACGUAGCAUGCAUAUGUCACAGUGGUAUCAAUUUUGUCACGUAACUCUUGGCAAAAAAAAGAAAAUAAGCGGUUUUCCCAAAAUGUCAAACUAUUCAUAAAAGCACCUACUUCGUCCCAUAUGAUACUCUCCCUUCCUCUAUGUCAAGUGUCUGUCUUGGAAGCAUGAAAAUGAACGUUACGCAACUCAAAUUAACCAAAAGAAAGAAGUAGAAAAGUAUUUCACAAAUUAUUAUAUUGUUGAGCUGAGCUUGGUGCGGCAAAGAGUUUGUCCACAGAGAUCACUGAGUGUUGAAAACACUUCCAAAUAAGUCAUUGUGUUAACAAAAAGAGGGAAAGUUAAGCACUUUAAGGCCUUUUCAGGUAAAGAAUGAAAGAAAAGAAAUGGCAGCCGUUCAGUUUGGAUCUGAUCGCAGGGCUGAUGAAACUAUCUGUGAUGUCUUCUAGUUCAUUGGACAAUCACACUGGGGAUUCCAAACUUAGAAAGUCUGGUUUGAUUUGAACCCUGACCGUUGUUAUUGCUUACAAAUGACUUCAGCACGAUGGAAUAGUUAUUCGUAAAUCUAUUCAACAUGCAAAUCAAUGUCGCAUCCCAAAGCCCAACGUAAGGCCGGGACACUUUGUUGUCUAUUUCAGUGCAAGGCAACACGAGGGAUAUGUAUGAGGGAAUUGCAUCUUUUUACUUUGUGCCUGCAUGGCGUGUUACUGACUGACUUAAUGAGAGCAGCGUAAAAACUUCAGGAUUGGACCCCUGCUGUGUGUGCGUGUGAAUAUUGCAUUUGGAGAAGGCACUGAGUAAUGAUUAUGCAUGGCAAACAAAAAAGAGCUGAAUGUGAGUGGAAAUGUUUUCUGUUUUAUAGAAAUCACUUUCACAACCCUGAUGACAUUGAAAGAUUAUAUUGAAGCUAUGCUUCUUGUAUGUGGAGGUACUGAGAUGUCACAUAUAUGUCAUAUAUAUAUAUAUAUAUAUAUAUAUUAUACACAUAGUUUGAUUGAAAAGCUUUAAAGUGUUUGUUUUUCGAAGUGUAUGAUGAAAUGGAUUUUUUUUUUUUCAGAUGCUUGAUGCUUUUUUGGCUUUAAAAAUUGCAAAGCUUCUCAUACCGUUCUUCAAAUACUUGAUUGGGUUGGUUGCGCUCUCCAAUUCUGGUUUUAUUGACUUUUACGGACCAAUUUUUUUCUUUUUAAUUGAUCUGAGCUACGACCUCACAGGUGACACCUGUCUUCACAGUUAUCAGAGUUACACAAAUGAUUGUACGACUGCUAAUGCUGCUCAGCUGUGGAGACAGUUCUGGUUGCCGCCGUGUUUUAAUGACUUGUGCGCUGCAUCGACUGUGUUAAUUGGCAUUUGCCACCCAUACAGCUCAGCACUGGCAAACGGCAUCGAUUGACACUCAGACACAACCUGCUGAGAAGUGACCACUGAUCAAACACAUAGCAAAUGUUCCUCUUCGAGUGUGUCUUGGAAAAAAAAACAUGUACUGGUGUAGUUCUGCACAAAGAGAAUUCCACUGUUUGUUUUCUUUGUCUUGUUUCUUUUUUCUUUCUUUUUUUAGAAAAUGUACUGAUCUUCUCUAGAGAGACUUUUAGUGAAGUAAUUUCUACGAGAGAUGAAUAUACUGUAAGCAUAUGUUGUGUAUAUCUGCAGUGUGUGCACACACACACACACACACACACACACACACAGACAAAGGAAUCCAGCCUGCGCUGCGCGUAGGUUUUGACUUGCUGAUGACUUUGCCUCAUAGAGACUGAAGAUAAAAGUGGCUUUCUGGUUCAUGUGAAGUAGAGAAUGGAAGUAUGAAUAAAAAUAUAUAUAUAAUAUAUA